AUGGAUAGAUGCAAACAUGUAGGGCGGUUGCGGCUCGCCCAGGACCACUCCAUCCUGAACCCUCAGAAGUGGUGCUGCAGGGAGUGCUCAACCACUGAGUCCGUGUGGGCUUGCCUCAAGUGCUCUCACGUGGCCUGCGGCCGCUACAUUGAAGAUCACGCUCUUAAACACUUUGAAGAGACUGGACACCCGCUAGCCAUGGAGGUCCGGGAUCUCUACGUUUUCUGUUACCUGUGCAAGGACUACGUGCUCAACGACAACCCAGAGGGAGACCUGAAGCUGCUGAGAAGCUCCCUCCUGGCAGUCAGGGGCCACAAGCAGAACCCGCCGGUGAGGCGGGGGCGGACGCUGCGCUCCAUGGCAUCGGGAGAGGACACGAUCCGGCCACUACGCACUGCUCAGGGACAGCCGCAGAUGCUCACAGCGCUGUGGUACCGGCGCCAGCGCCUGCUGGCCAAAACACUGCGGCUCUGGUUUGAGAAGAGCUCCCGGGGCCAGGCUAAGCUGGAGCAGCGGCGGCAGGAGGAGGCGCUGGAGCGGAAGAAGGAGGAGGCUCGGCAGCGGCGGCGCGAGGUGAAGCGGCGGCUGCUGGAGGAGCUGGCCAGCGCCCCUCCGCGCAAGAGUGCGCGCCUGCUGCUACACGCGCCGCGCGCCGCAACCCUGCGCCCCGCCUCGCCCCCGGGCCCCGCCGUGGGCCGCCUCAAGCAGAGGCGCGUGCCCGCGGUGGCGCCAGGCGUCACGGGCCUGCGCAACCUGGGCAACACCUGCUACAUGAACUCCAUCCUUCAGGUGCUCAGUCAUCUCCAGAAGUUCCGAGAGUGUUUUCUGAACCUCGACCCUUCGCAGACCGAACAACUGUUUUCCAAAGCCACCAACGGGAAGGCUCCACUUGCUGGCAGGCCCACCAGCAGCUCUGCCACCGAGCUGUCUGCCAGGAGCGACAGGGGUGAGGCCUGUGCGCGAGAGGGCCUCUGCUUGAACGGGGGCACAUCCAUCAGCAGGAGUCUAGAACUCAUCCAGAACAAGGAGCCAAGCUCGAAGCACAUUUCCCUCUGUCACGAGCUGCACACCCUCUUCCGAGUCAUGUGGUCCGGGAAGUGGGCCCUGGUGUCACCCUUUGCCAUGCUUCACUCCGUGUGGAGUUUGAUCCCCGCCUUCCGUGGCUACGACCAGCAGGACGCACAGGAAUUUCUCUGCGAACUGUUGCACAAAGUGCAGCAGGAACUCGAGUCUGAGGGUACCACCCGCCGCAUCCUCAUCCCCUUCUCCCAGAGAAAGCUCACCAAACAGGUCUUAAAGGUGGUGAAUACCAUAUUUCAUGGGCAGUUACUCAGCCAGGUCACAUGUGUAUCAUGCAAUUACAAAUCCAAUACCAUUGAACCCUUUUGGGAUCUGUCCCUGGAAUUCCCUGAACGCUAUCAUUGCAUAGAAAAGGGAUUUGUCCCUUUGAAUCAGACAGAGUGCCUGCUCACCGAGAUGCUGGCCAAGUUCACAGAGACAGAGGCCCUGGAAGGGAGAAUCUACGCAUGUGACCAGUGUAACAGCAAACGACGAAAAUCCAACCCAAAACCCCUUGUUCUGAGUGAAGCUAGAAAGCAGUUAAUGAUCUACAGACUACCUCAGGUUCUCCGACUGCACCUUAAAAGAUUCAGGUGGUCUGGCCGUAAUCAUCGAGAGAAGAUUGGGGUCCAUGUCGUCUUUGACCAGGUAUUAACCAUGGAACCUUACUGCUGCAGGGACAUGCUCUCCUCUCUUGACAAAGAGACCUUUGCCUAUGAUCUCUCCGCAGUGGUCAUGCAUCACGGGAAAGGGUUUGGCUCAGGACACUACACAGCCUAUUGCUACAACACAGAGGGAGGUUUUUGGGUUCACUGCAAUGACUCAAAGCUGAAUGUAUGCAGUGUCGAGGAAGUGUGCAAAACUCAAGCCUACAUCCUUUUUUACACUCAAAGAACAGUUCAGGGCAAUGCAAGAAUCUCAGAAACCCAACUUCAAGCUCAGGUGCAACCUAGCAACAACAAUGAGGGCAGACCACGGACCUACCCCUGAAUGGGAGACAAUUGUCAAGA